AAGAGACUCAAAUCGCUAAAUCAAACCCCAUUUGAAGUUCCUAACACUAUACUUCCUUCAUUUUCUAAUAAGUGACAGAAAAAGUGGGAAAAUAUCAAGGAGCCUAGAGAGAAAGUUGAGAUCACUUGUUCAAUCAAUUAAAUUUGAGUAUUGAAUAAAGUAGGUAGGUGAAAUAAUUAAAUGAUGGCAAAGAAGUAAUAAAUAAGAAGUAUUUUUUACUACUUUGAGCAACGUGUCACUUAUUGUGACAUUUCCUUAUAAGAAAAAUGUAUCACUUAUUAAAAAACGGAGAAAGUAGAAAUUUAGAAAAACCUAUGCAUAACAUAACUCCCAAAAGUUGCUACCAUGGGAAAUCAAUCAUUUGAUGAACUCCAAAAGGGAAUGCAACUCCCAGAAAAUGAAAAUGUACAUCACCUAGUUGAGCUAAAUACUGCAAAACCACCUUUAAAACCAUUGAUUCUUACAUUUCAAAACCUAACAUACAGUGUUAAAAUCCGUCCAACAUUGACAUGGUCACCACUUGUUUGUAAAAAUGCUUCAAACAAUGAAUAUGAAAAGAAGCUAUUGCUAAAUGACAUAUCAGGGGAAGCAAAAGAGGGACAGAUUAUGGCAGUUAUGGGUGCUAGUGGGUCUGGAAAAUCGACGUUAAUUGAUGCUCUAGCGGGUCGAAUAUCCAAAGAAAGCUUAAAAGGGUCAGUAACUCUAAAUGAACAUGAAGUUUUGAGGUCUAGUACCAACAUUCUAAAGUCAAUCUCAGCUUAUGUUAUGCAAGAUGUCCUCUUAUUCUCAGGGCUAACAGUAGAAGAGACCCUUAUGUUUUCGGCACAGCUUCGCCUGCCAAGAACACUCUCAAAGUCCAAGAAGAGAGCGCGAGUCCAUGGACUCAUUGAUCAACUUGGUCUAACACAUGCUGCUCAGACGGUUAUUGGAGAGAAAGGGCAUAAAGGAGUCUCUGGAGGUGAAAGGAAAAGAGUUUCGAUUGGUAUCGAAAUCAUUCAUGACCCGGCUAUCUUGUUAUUAGAUGAACCCACUACAGGGUUAGACUCUACUAGUGCAUUCUUAGUGGCUAGUGUUCUGCAGAACGUUGCUCGGAGUGGCCGUAUAGUGAUCUUGUCUGUUCAUCAGCCUAGUACUCGGAUUCUAAGUGUCGUGGACCAUCUGAUCGUUCUCUCUGAUGGACAGACAGUCUAUAGUGGCUCACCUUCAAAUAUAACAGAGUUCUUUGCAGCAUGUAAUCACCCAAUUUCAGAAGAUGAAAACAAGGCCGAGUUUGUUCUUGAUCUCAUCUCUGAGCUCAAGGAUUCUCCUGGUGGUAUCACAAGUUUGGUAAAGUUCAACAAAUCCAUCCAAGCAAGGAAUAAUAGUCCACAAGAACUUGCUACCAAUUCAUCAGUCAGUGAUGCAGUAAAUGCCAGGAUUUCACAAGGCAAGCUAUUGACAUCAAUGCUACUCGCUGCUGCAAUGCUAGCUACCGUCUUUUGGAGGCUAGAUGAUUCCUCAAAAGGAGCACAAGAACGGCUUGGAUUCUUUGCCUCAGCUAUUGUAACUACUUUCUUCAUCUGUGCCGAAGCCAUACCUCAUUUUAUCCAAGAACGGUCCAUCUUCAUGAGAGAAACUUCUUACAAUACUUAUAGAAGAUCAUCCUAUGUUUUCUCUACUGCCAUAAUUGCCCUCCCGUCUUUGAUCCUCUUCUCUUUCACUUUUUCUGUUAUCACCUUUUGGGCUAUUGGAUUAGGUGGUGGUCUUUCAGGCUUCUUUUGGUUCUUCAUGUUCAUGUUAGCCUCAUUCUGGACAGGAAAUUCAUUCGUAACCUUCCUGUCUGCUGUGGUGCGCGAUGUUCUGAUUGGGUGCGUGUUGGUAGUGGCCCUCUUAGCUCAAUAUACACUCUUCGGUGGACUCUUUAUACCUCGAGGUCAAAUCCCUCGGUAUUGGAUUUGGUUUCAUUAUAUGUCUCUAGUGAAGUAUCCAUAUCAAGGAGUUUUACUCAAUGAAUUCGACAACCCUGUGAAGUGCUUAGUUAACGGGCUCCAAAUGUUCGAUAACACAGCCCUCAAAGAUGCAUCGCUUGCUUUGAAGGGCAAGGUACUAGAGAGUAUGAGUAGCACUCUAGGGAUCAACAUUACUGGCUUAUGUGUGAUGAGAGGUACUGAUAUACUGCAGCAGCUGGAUGUUACUGACCUCAGUAAACUUGAUUGCCUGUUUAUUACUGUGGUUUGGGGUUUUUUCUUUAGGAUCCUGUUUUACAUUGCUCUGUUGCUUGGUAACAAAUAUAAGAGGACGUGAGGUAAUACUUUGUUGCCAUUUAUUCAUAUUACACUGCCAACUUGAUGGACAUUAUAGUUGUAGUUCAGUAGUUCAGUAGUUAGUCUACCGAGGUGAGGCGUGAGCCUCAAGGAUCCCCACCACCACCAUGCUCCGCCGUAAUCUACACCUUGUCCCUGAGGCAAGUUGAGUAGUAUAUAAACAUGAUAUAUGAUUAUGUAACCCUAUUAACAAGAUCGUUUGACAUACUUUAUGUUGUUUUUAAAGUUUUAGAUCAAUUGGAUAUAAUAUAGUAUCUAAAUAAAAAAGUUUACGGGAGAAC